AUGCUCUUCCUCGACCCGGGCCUCGCCCCAACCAGCAGGGCCGCGCCCCUGGGCUGGCUGCCUCGCGCGCGCACCCCGCUCGGGCGGAGCGCGCAACCCGCUGACCCGGCGGCCAUGGCGGCGGAGUUGGAGGACCUGGAGGCUAGCGCUUCCGCCGCCUCGGCCGCCAGGUCUUGGAGCCGCAGCUGGUCCGCUGGCAUCGCCGCCCUCGCUGCCGCGGCGCUCCUGGUCGGCGCCACAGCGCUGGCCCGCCGCCGCGGCGCGCUGGAGGCGCACGGCUUCGGCAGCGACGCCGACCUUGUGAGCUUCUCGCUCGCCAAGGUGAAGAACGACACCGCCAAGGCGCCUCCGAGCGAGCAUGACUUGGACUUGGACAGCGUGGUGGCGGCGGCCACAUUGAGGGUCGAGGCACUCAGCCACGACCGGGCGCUCGCGGAGGGCAUGGAGCAGAUGGCCGCCGCCGUCUCGGCGGACGACAAGGUGCAGAUCGUCAAGGCCCUCAGGACGCUCCGCGUGGCGGUCAACGGCCUGAUCGGCGAGGUCAAGAGCCUCGAGACGGGCCUCCACAUGUGCGGCCGCAUCGUCUGCACAGGACAGCGCAUGGCGUGGAAGGUGUGCAAGGCCUACAGCUUCUGGGCAAGGCCCCUGGCUUCUGGGCAAGGCCCGCAACUUCUGGGCAAGGCCUACAAAUUCUGGGCAAGAACAAACCCCGCGCCCCAUAUCCUCGAGUGGCCUCAGAAACAGCCUCAGCACAAGCGGGAGGACGGCAGGGAGAGGGUGUCGUCCGUGUCUUUUGCGGUCGGAGUGACGUUCUUUGGAGGUGCCGUCGGAACGAUGAGCCAGGGGCAGCAGAAAUCGGACCUCAAGUGGUUCAUGAACUUCGUGCCGUCGAGGUCAAUGUUGUCCAAGCCGCGCGUCGCCUUCACGAUGGCGAUGGCCUCAUCUCGGGACGCGGAGUGCAAUGACUUCAAGAGCUCCGCCUUCGAGGCCUCGUAG